GUGGUUAACGGUAACGUUAGCUGUCUCCGCUCACUCAGGCGCCCCGGUAUGUUGACGUUUAGCCGGAGUACAGCAGAGCCUGGUAACGGGGGUAUGCCCGGUGUUUCGGGCUAGUCGUGUGAGUCAAUGAGCUAGCCAACUAACGAGAGAUAACUAACUUCAUUCAGCUUAAAUGGGGUUUCGAGUGAAAAGAUGAUCGCGUCACUUUCUAGAGGAAGUUUGCUCGAUGAGGUUCUACAUGGUGGCUUCAAUGAGCAGCAGCUUGCAGCCUAUGUUUCCUGGGUGAACUGUCAGCUGAAGAGGAAACCCGGCCUGAAGCCUAUCACAAACCUCAGGCAUGAUCUGCAGGACGGGGUGGUGCUCACGCAACUCAUAGAGAUAGUUGCAGGGGAACUGCUGGAAGGGGUCCAUGUUGCUCCACAGAACAAAGAGGAAAGCAGGCAGAAUGUGGCGCAAGUCUUGCAGUUCAUUUCCUCCAAACACAUACGCAUGCCACAUAUAUCAGCAAGAGACAUUGUUGAUGGUAAUCUGAAAUCUGUAAUGAGGAUAAUUCUGGCGUUAGCCGCUCACUUCAAACCCUCAGCCAAUCACAGGGCUGCCUCUGGAAGUGGGAGGAGUUUGACCAGAGGCUUCGCCAGCCACGACCCUCUCUCCACUGUGGCACUAGCACAAGGUGCCGCUGCUGCACUGGCAUCAGCACAACUUGAUGCUUCGCAGCCUACACGUGCCACACGUCUCCAGAGUUGCUGGGGGUUGGAUGCGGAAAAAAAUGUGUGCGUUCGUGCAAUGGUUAAGCAGUACGAAAGAGGAACUCCAGAUGAGCCGGACAAUGCCCCACCUGGCAGCAUCAGCUGCGGCAGUACACUGUCAUCUCCAAGAGCUCCACUCGGCACCCGCCCGGAUAGAGCGCAGGAGGACCACCAACCACAGGAGAGCAGUGUGGAGUCAUCUCACGCUGUAGCGGAGACGGCGUUGGAGGGUUCUCUUACGGAAACUUUGGAGCAGGAGGUACAGGAGACCCGUAAAAUGGUGUCUGCUUUACAGGCUCUGCUGCUGCAUGGUUCGCUGCCUGAGGAUGAACAGGAUGAGCAGGAUGGGUCUUUGAGUUUAGACCAAGGCAAUGCCGAAAAGCAACUGGUAGUCAUUCACAGUCGUUUGGAUCAAAGCAUGGAGGAGGCUCGGGAGCUAAAGAGGGAAUUGUUGCGCUGUAAGCAGGAGAUGAGAAACUUGCAGGGAGUCAAGGACGCCCAGCAGCAGAGACUGUGCACUCAGGAGGCCUUGAUACUGCAGAUGAAGCAAGAGCUUCUCAGAGACGGCAUGACGAAGGACGAGCUCAACAACCAGAACGCCGAGCUCCAGUGGAGGCUGGAGGAAUGUAACAAGAUGUGGGGAGAAUGCAAGAAGGAGAUCGCACAGAAGGACAGGCUUCUGCAGCAACUCAAACACAAGCUUGAAGACAGCAAAAUAAAGCAAAUUGAAUUGGAAAGAGAGUUGGAGCAUAAAAACAAUGUGGAGAUUCCCACCAGCACAGUAAACAACGGGAGUUCUUACUCUGGAAAUCCGGCUCUGUCUGUAUCAGAUGCGGAGGAGGUUCAGCUGCUCAGGGAUUCACUUCGGAGUCUGAGGAACAACUUCAGAGACCACGACCCACAGCACCACACACUGGACACGCUGGAGCAGGGCAUCGUGUCACUCAUCGACAGACUGCACGUUCUGCAUACACACAGGGGGAGGGGGAAAUCUCCGAGACGUAAAGGCCCACACACAGACUCUGACACCUGGCCUUGCACAAAGGUUUCUCAGUCCCACAGUCUUGCCUCCACUAAAAUCCUUUAUUUCACUGGAAAAUCCCCAACACCUUCCAUGAUCAACAUACCGAAGAGGUUGGGUGAGGUUACUCUAAAGGAUGUUAAGGCAGCUGUGGAUCGAGAGGGAAACUAUAGGUACCACUUCAAAGCCCUGGAUCCUGAGUUUGGUACUGUGAAAGAAGAGGUAUUCUUGGAUGGAGCAAUCAUUCCAGGUUGGGAAGGAAAGAUAGUGGCCUGGGUAGAAGAGGACUGUGGUGAGGAAAGUCCGGUGUAGGGUCAAGCUGGGGGACAUGACACUUUGUUCUUACUCCUGGUCACUCGGAUCCCAGAGGCACAUCUAGACGACUGUUCAACUAUUCAAUCAGUGCCUUAAAAAGUAAAGCUAUUUCCAUCAUGUGCAUGUUAUUGCCAGGAUGUUACUGUAUUUUUGAUUUAGCCGUUUCUAAAGCCACGGUCAUGUUGUUGUUUCACCUCCAGUUGAAAUGGAGGUUUGUACUGUAUUUAAGAAUUGGAAGAAAUUUAAAAAUGGCUUUUUUAAUUUUCCAGUAUAAGUUUAAAUUCCUUGUUCAGCAAUGAAAAAAAUACUACCAAAUCUAUUACCUGUUGGUAAUACAUAUUCAAAUUUGGCUUUCAGUUAACGUACAUUGCAUUUAAUUAUGAAUACAAAUUAAAUGAACAGUAUUAUUUUUAGAAUAUGAGAAAUUAUUUUCUGGUGAGAAAAAAAUGAUUGGAAUUAUUACACAAGGCUAAAAGAAAAGUCAAAUAAACUUUAUACAACUUUUUUGGUGACCUCAUGGUUGUUACUUGCAGUAUAAAAUACAAAUAUUUAGUAAAAAAUAAAAUGAACAAACACCAAACCCAGAUGUGGGUUUAAAUGUCAGUCAGAAAUGCUCAAACUAAACGGCCGUCAGUUCAAUUGAAUCAAUGCUGGAAUUUUGAUGUUCAUGCAGAUAUGCAGAUGAACAGCACUGUUAUUUUUGUUUUCUUAAUUACAUUUCUUUGUUCAAUUGAGUAAAAUGAUUUUCACAAGUCAGUAGCUCUUUUCGUUUAAAGACUGUGAAAUUAGACUGUGUGUAUGUGUGCGUGACAUUAGGAUGUUUUCCUCUACUCUUCUUUUGUCUUCCUAUUUAGGAUCAAUGUGUUUGCCUUCACUAACAAGCCAAUUGAAAUAUGCAUCUGUUUACUUUUAUAUCAACAUGUUUAAAUGCCAUAACUGCCUGUGCUGUAAAAUGUACAAUUUUCUUGUGAGAUGGUUAUAAUAUAUGGUUACUGUCUGGUAAAGAAAAGACUGUUAAUACCGACCAGUAAUUUUAAAUAAAGCCUGAGUUUUGUUUUAAAAAAAAAGAUCUAUUUUAUGGUGUCAGGGAGACAGGGGAGUUUUACUAAUAAAUGUUUAGUUAAGAAAUGUUCUCGUAUCUUGAAACAUCCAUAAGAACCUUCACUUUCAUAACUUCAAAACAUUUC